CGUUUAGAGAUUUUGACUUUCAAGACGUGAUGGUGACGGGCGAAGGUUUAUCUUCUUUCGAUUAGAAUUCUCGUGUUAAAUAUUCAUUUGAUUGAGCAAAAUUCGGAGUUUCUGUUUAGAUUAAAUUUAUUUCGUGAUCUAUUCUCAUGUUUCUAUGAAAACAUAUAGCAAUAUCAUCUAGCACAUUUCAGUCUCUAUAGACAUUUUCAUUGAAAGAAAUUACAUUGUUUUUAGAAUCGAAUCAAAGUUCUAUUUUUGUGCACGAUUUUCUUUAUUGUUCUACAGUGUUCCUUAAUUCGUCGUUUAUUCAUCUAACUGCCAUUCCAAUACACCUCUAGGGUAAAGGAUGAAAGUAAACUGAUCAUCACAUUCAAGUUGUAAUGGGAAAAUUUACUGGCAAAAAAUGUCGUUUAUUGUCGAUGUUAUGGAUGACAACAUUAUUCUUUUUCGUCGAAAUAGUCGUAGGCUAUAUCACAAAUUCUAUGGCGUUAGUGGCAGACAGUUUUCACAUGCUUAGCGAUGUAGCAGCCUUAGUAGUAGCGUUUUUAUCUGUUAAGAUGUCACCAAAGAAAUGGUCGAAAAACACUUUCGGCUGGGCUAGAGCAGAAGUAUUAGGAGCACUUGUAAAUGCCGUAUUUUUAGUAGCAUUAUGUUUUUCAAUCACAGUCGAAGCCUGUAAGAGGUUCAUAGAAAUGGAGACCAUACAUGAUCCACAACUACUCGUCGUAGUAGGUGGAAUUGGUCUUUUAGUUAAUUUAGUGGGAUUACUUCUAUUCCAUGAGCAUGGCAGUUCCCAUGGCCAUUCUCAUGGAAGGCUCUCCCAUAGCAGAAAUAGAUUGACCCAAUUAGCAAUUACCGAUGACAAUGAAAACGACGAAACGUUUCCUAGUCCAACGCCAAGAAUAGAUGAUAAGAAAAUGGAACAUAGUCAUUCUGCUGGCCAGAUGAAUAUGCGCGGAGUCUUCUUACACGUUCUCUCUGACGCCUUGGGUUCAGUCAUCGUCAUUGUUUCGGCAUUGGUCUUUUGGCUUACAGACUGGAAAUACAAAUAUUACAUUGAUCCCGCUCUCAGUAUUCUUCUAGUUUUGCUAAUUCUAAACUCUGUGUGGCCGCUUCUAAGAGAUUCAGCCUUAAUUUUACUUCAGACAGUACCGACGCAUAUUCAAGUAGACGCGAUUCAAAACAAACUAUUGGCAAAAGUAGAUGGGGUUCUAGCUGUACAUGAAUUCCACGUGUGGCAGUUGGCUGGAGACAGAAUCAUAGCUUCGGCACAUAUUAGGUGUAGAAAUCUUUCCGAAUACAUGAAAAUAGCAGAAAAAGUCAAAGAAUUCUUUCACAAUGAGGGUAUCCACUCAACGACAAUCCAGCCCGAAUUUAUAGAUUAUUCUGAUAUACCGACGACUUCCAAGGAACAAGCUGACCUAUCCGAAGAUUGUGUGUUAGAUUGUCCUAAAGGUAGUAACAUUGACAAUUGUAUGAGGAAUACUUGCUGCGGACCUUCUAAACAGUACAUGAAAUAUUUGCGACAGCAAGAGGAAGAACAAAGAGCUGCCAGAGAAGCGAAAGCAAAAAUGAAGGAACUGAAGAGAUUGGCGAAAGAAUUGAAAGCAAAAGCUAAAAUUGCUAAAAGAAAAGGCACUAAGCCGAGAAAUGGAAGGGGCGAAGCGAACGAACCGAAAGAAAUCGGAGAAAAUCCAGAAUUUAAAGAGAAUACAGAUAAAGGCGAAGCAACGGAAUUGAUGGAAAAGGGAGAAAUGAAAACUAAUGAUAAGGACGGAAUGAAGGAAUCUAAAGGGAUGGGGGAGAUUAAAGUGUUGCAAGAAAAAGGAUGACGAAUAAUGAAAUUCGUGCUUUGAGAUUCAUGUGUAAUAUGGAUUUGAUCCCAGAAAAUUCGCAAUGAAGCAGGAAACCUUUAAAAUACCCUGAUUGUUCAAAAAAUUAUAGUAUCGUCAAUAAGCCAAAACUAAUAGGGUUGAAAAAUAGGGUCGGGAGACACCUUCUCCCAACAACACGCCCUACAUUUGUAGGCAAAGAAAUUCUGCAAACAUGAUGGGCGGCAACACCGAGGAGAUGAACGAAAUGGAAAAGGGCGUGCUCCUCGAAAAAAGUCCAUCUAUUAUUCAAACAGACUGUGAUUGUACCCUUCGAGGCUCUCAAUGCACUUUCAGGGGGUAGUUUUAUAUAAAAUAAUAUAUAAUAUACAUUCAAGAGAUUAAUAUAAACGUACCGUAUCAAUCGUUUUUUAUGUUUUCUUCUACAAAAGGCAAAAUUUUGGGUAGAUAUAAAAUUAAUUUUGACUCUUUUAAUAUUAAAGAUUGAUUUGAGCAAAAGGGUUUUGUAAUGCAAAUUAGAUCUCAUUAUAAUUUCUAACAUAAAAUUCAUACAAAAUUUCUAAUAUUUAGAAGGAUUGAGGUAAAAUAAAAAAUAUACAGUCUAUAAUAAUCUUACAAAACUUGAAACAAAAAAACUAUAUCUACUCAUUUUUCACCUGAACAAAAACUCCAAUGUGGCCUUUAAUAAUCCGUACUAUUUAAUUUAAAAGAUCCACGUUACUGCUGAAAUAUUAAUAAUUACGGUAUUGUUAAAUAUAUAAAUUUCUUGUAGUCGAUUUUUAGGACUCAAAGAAAGAAAUUGCAAAUUUGUGUGAAAUAAAAUUUAAAAAAAAAAUAAUCAGUAAGUAGGACUUUAAAAUUAAUAUAUAUAACGUUAUAUAAUAUGAUGUUCUUCAAGUUUAGAAUUGGAGAUUAAUCAAUUUUAUUUGGUUUUUUUAAUAAGAGCAGAAUUAAAAUUUUAAUGUUUGUUAACUUGUGUACCUUUUAAAGAAAUUGUGCUCCAUGAGCAAAAUAAUUUUAUUGAUAAUUUUUCGUAAAAUAUUUUGGAAUAUUUGAUUAUCUAAUGUAACCAUAACUAAAUUGCAGAAUUUUAUUUUUCUGUCAUGACAUUUCAUAAUAUCCGUCGAGAGUUUUUUGUUUUGUUUUACGGACUCUAUACAAGAGGUUAUUACUUAAUCUCCCACACUGUAUAAUUGUUUUUGAAUAAUUUUAUAAACUGAACGGUUUAAUUUAAAUAUAUUUUUGUAGAGAAAGCAAACUAUCACAUAUACUAGUCAGCAAUUUAUGAUAUACAAGUGUUAUUAAAUUUUUUGUACAUUCAUUUAUCAUUUACUUUGAAAACCUUUUAAAAAACAUUUAUUUAUUCCGAAGUAGAUAUUUUGGUUGAGUACAUUUAUUAAUAUAAAAAAUACAGCAAAUAUUAGAGUUUUUUACAGAAUUAAUGUAUAGGGGAAUUUAAAAGUUGAUUUUUUUAAGAAUCAUUUAGUCAAAUAUACAGAGUCAUCCCCAAAAAAACGUUUCUAAAAUAGUCCUUCUUUUUAAGUGGCAGUCUAGAUUUAAUUCAGAACAAUGUGAAGUUAUCAAGGGCGUGACUCGUAUAUUAUAUAUCUGUGUCGGUUGUGGUCUAUUUUAGAAACAUUUUUGUGAAACACUCUUUACAAUAACAGUCCAUCAACUUCAUAUUAAAUAAGUAUCUCAAUAUAUUUUGGUUUUCAAAGGAAUACAAUUCAGGCAAUUUUCGAAGUGAUGACAUUUUUCUUAUAAUAGAAACAAUUGAUAUACAAAAAAUAAAUUCAUUGGGUACACAAACAUAUUCGCAGUUACAUUAAGCUCUUAAAUAACCCGUAAACAUCUAAAGUUUAAUACAUUCAGUAUGAUGGUUUAAAUAAAUAGCAAUAAUAAAAUAUAUUAAUGUUCAGUUUGUGAUUUGAUUUUAUUUAUUGAUGUGACUUGACCGAUUAUUGAAUGUAUCAGCCUUUAGCUGUGGAACCAUCGUGAUUUUAUUUUUAAAACUAAAGUGAUAUUAUUUAAUUGUCAGUUUUAUAGUUAAUUAAAUGAAAUAUAUUAUGUUAGUAUCC